AUGGGCCCCACGGCAAUCACUGGCAACACAACCUCGCUUGUCUCAGAUCUUCCAGAUCUGUCUAGUUCCCGCCUUGGCAAUGGGGCCGCGAAUGGCCAUGGCGACGGGGCUCAUGGUGUCAAUACAAACGGACACCUGAAUGGCAACGGCCAGGCGAAUGGCCAUACAAACGGUCACGUAAAUGGCCACUCGAACGGCACAACCGAUCACUCGUCCUCACGGACGCCAACAGGCGCCACCAAUGGCUCGCAUGCAAGCAAGAGCCCGGCGACAGAGCCGAUUGCCAUCUGCGGCAUGUCAGUGCGUCUUCCAGGAGGACUGCACACACCACAGCAGUUUUGGGACUUUCUACUGUCCAAGAAAGAUGCCCGCGGCCCCGUUCCGGAGUCUCGGUAUAAUGUGUCCUCGUAUCACACUGAGCCGCGAAAGCCUGGCAGUGUUGGGACAGAGUAUGGAUACUUUCUUGACGAGAGCAUCGACAUCGCAACCGUCGACACAUCAUUUUUCAGCAUGCGCAGAGCCGAGGUUGAGCGAACAGACCCGCAACAGCGACAGAUGCUAGAGGUCGCUCGCGAGUGUAUGGAGGACGCAGGAGAAAAAGACUACAAGGGCCGCCCGAUCGGCUGCUACAUGGGAAGCUUCGGCGAGGACUGGACAGAAAUGUUUGCCAAAGAAAGCCAGCAAUACGGCCUCUACCGGAUUACGGGAUACGGAGACUUUAUGCUGCCCAAUCGCGUGUCAUACGAGAUGGACUUGAUGGGACCAAGCUUGAUCGUCCGGACGGCUUGUUCUUCAUCGCUGGUCGCGCUGCACGAGGCUUGCUUGGCCGUGUCCAGAGGUGACUGCGAAGGGGCCAUCGUCGGAGGCGCCAACCUCAUCAUGGCCCCGGGUAUGACGGCUGCCAUGACGGAACAGGGUGUCAUUGCCCCUGAUGGCUCAUGCAAGACGUUCUCCGCGGACGCCAAUGGGUAUGCGCGAGGCGAAGCGAUCUCGGCCAUCUACAUCAAGCCACUGUCUGCCGCGAUCCGAGAUGGCAACCCUGUGCGAGCCGUCAUCCGAGGAACGGCUUCCAACAGUGACGGAAGGGGUACUGCCGGCGCCAUCCAGGUGCCAAACGAUGUCGCCCAGGAGGCUGUAAUUCGACGAGCGUACGAGGUUGCCGGCAUCUCAGACUUUUCCGAGACUGCGUUUGUCGAGUGCCACGGGACUGGCACCAUGAUCGGCGACCCCUUGGAGACCAAGGCUGUCGGCCGUGUAUUUGGACCCUCUGGGGGGAUCCAAAUCGGAUCUGUCAAGCCCAAUCUCGGCCACUCUGAGGGAGCCUCGGGUCUCUCGUCUCUCAUCAAGGCAGUCAUGGCAUUGGAAAGUCGCACCAUCCCGCCCAACAUCAAGUUCAAUACGCCAAACCCGGAUAUCCCUUGGGAAUCGUGCGGCUUGUCUGUGCCCACGGAGCCAAUGCCGUGGCCCGAGGCGCGUCUCGAGCGUAUCAGUGUCAAUUCGUUCGGAAUCGGAGGCAGCAAUGCUCAUGCCAUUCUCGAUUCCGCGCAAAGUUUCGGCAUCUCUCCCAGUUCCAAGAGGCCAGUCACAUCGCCGCAGUUGCUUCUUUACUCCGCCAACACGGCCGACUCCCUCAAAGCCAUGAUUGCCAACUACGAAGAGUACAUGGAGAAGAACCCCGACAGAGUCGGCGACCUGGCUUUCACUCUUGGCAACCGAAGAGAGCAUUUGCCGCACCGGGCGUUCUCGGUGGCAAGCCCACUGGGAGCCGUCACGACGUCUCCGAUAGCCAAGGCAGGGCCAGCACCUAGUGUCGUCAUGGUCUUCACGGGCCAGGGAGCCCAAUGGCCGCAGAUGGGCCGCCGCCUGUUCCACAGCGCCGAGUUCCCCAUCUUUAAGAAGACCAUACAGGCGCUGGACGUCCAUCUGCGUUCGGUGCGGAAUGCACCGGACUGGACCAUUGAGGAGGAGUUGCAAAAGCCGACAAAGACCAGCAGGCUGGGAUCCGCCGAGCUUUCGCAACCACUCUGCACGGCGAUCCAAAUCGCAUUGGUAGACACCCUUGCGUCCAUCGGGAUUGAGCCAGCAGCUGUCGUUGGCCACUCUAGUGGCGAGGUGGCGGCGGCCUACGCCGCCGGCGCCAUCACGGCCAACGAAGCCAUCACCGUCGCUUUCCACCGUGGCCAGGUCACCAAGCUGCAGACCAAGUCGGGUGCUAUGGCGGCGAUUGGUAUGGGCUCUACUGAUGUCCGCGAGUUCCUGCAACCGGGGGUCAUUGUCGCUUGCGAAAACUCCCCCAAGAGUGUCACUCUUGCGGGCGACUCCGAGGCGGUCCACAGUGUCGUGGCCAAGAUCAAGGAGGCUCGCCCGGAUGUCCUGGCUCGUCUCUUGCAGGUCGACAAGGCCUACCACUCGCAUCACAUGGCUGAAAUUGGCGAUGACUACCAUGCUCUGAUCGAGAACAAUGUGUCCGCCAAGAACCCGCGAAAGCUAUUCUUCAGUAGCGUGGAGGCGAAGCUGCUCACCCAGGCCCAAAGCUUCGGGCCGAGGUACUGGCAAAAGAACCUCGAGUCUCCCGUCCUCUUCAACUCUGCUGUCACCGGAAUCUUGCGUCAUGAUAUUGCCAAGAACAUGGUGCUUCUCGAAGUCGGGCCGCAUUCGGCCCUUGCGGGACCUCUGCGACAGAUCCAGACACAGCUUUCCGACUCAUCGCCAUACGCCUCCGCACUCGCUCGCAACCAAAACGACGUGGAGGCGUUCCUCACGGCGGUAGGAAAGCUACAUGUCCUCAAUGUCCCGGUUCACUUGGAAAAGGUCAUUUCCAAGGGCACGGUCCUGCCUGAUCUGCCGAGAUACCCAUGGAACCAUUCGGAGAAGUUCUGGUACGAGUCCAGGCUGAGCAAGGAGUGGCGACAACGCGAACACAAGUACCACGACCUCUUGGGCGUCCGCGUGCCGGAAAGCCUCGAAUUCGACGUGCACUUCCGCAACCUGUUCCAUCUGGACAACGCACCAUGGAUCCGCGACCACAAAGUGGGCGACGACAUCGUGUUCCCGUUUGCAGGCUACGCGGGGAUGAUUGGCGAGGCAGUGCGCCAGCUGACCGGCGUGGAGGAAGCCUUCACCCUGCGCAACGUUGUGGUCAGCACGGCGCUUGUUCUCAACGACGGCAAGCCAGUUGAGAUCAUGACUACAAUGCGGCGCCACCGCCUUACCAAUUCGCUUGACAGCGACUGGUGGGAGUUUACCAUUGCGUCGUACAAUGGCACGACUUGGACCAAGCACUGCUUUGGCGAAGCCAAGGCUCACAACGAGCGAGGUGCCUAUGCGGUGAUGAAGACGCCACUCUUGAGAAAGGUCGGAACACGUCGCUGCUACGAUUCCAUGGCCAAGUCUGGUCUCAAUUUCGGCCCUGCGUUCCAGAGACUCGACGACGUCCGCUCCGACACGCUGACUCAAAAGGCAACUGCAGAAGUCUAUGCCGGAGAGAACGAGGGCAAGGACUACCACCUGCAUCCGACAGUCAUUGAUGCCUCACUGCAGCUGCUCAGCGUCGCUGCGUCCAAGGGCUACGCCGACUCGACGACCAAGAUGAUGGUUCCCACCAACAUUGAGGAAAUGUGCAUCUACCGCUGCUCGGACAAUGUGCAAGUUCGCGCGUCUGCUUCCUACACACCCAACGGCUCAAUUGCGGGAGACGGACAAGCCAUAGCCGCAGACGGCAAGCUUGUCCUGCGAAGUACUGGAAUCAGGCUCUCCAUCGUCGACGACCAGAGCGACGGCGAGUCUAGCGGCGCCACUGCUCGAGCGGAAUGGGGCCCUCACAUUGACUUUUUGGACGUCAACACUCUCAUCAAGCCAUCGGUUGACCGCAGCGAGCACAUGCCCCUUCUUACUGAGCUCUCGCAACUCUGCAUGGCUCACACGAAGCGAGUGAUUGCGGGAUUGAACACAUCGAUUGCCCACCUGCACAAGUACCGUUCAUGGAUCGAUCGUCAACUGGAAGCUCCGGGCCUUGCUACUCUAGCCACCCUGGAUCGCACUGCCAUUGAGAGUCGGGUCAACCGUAUUGUCAAUGAGCUGUCGCAGACCCCAGCGGUGGAUGCGGCUGUGGCUAUCCACAAGAUCUUCAGCAAUGUCGAGAGAAUUUUCUCGGGCGAGGUCGAGGCUCUAGAUCUUUUGCUGAGCGACGACACGUUGACGAAGCUCUAUGUCUUUAUGGACCAGUGCGACGAGUCUCAAUUCUUCAAGCAUCUCACUCACAGCAAGCCCAACUUGCGUGUUCUUGAGAUCGGUGCAGGAACGGGAGGCUCGACGGCGAACAUCCUGCAACAGCUCACGCCUGACGGCAAGAAGCUGUACUCCAAGUACACGUACACCGACAUUUCCUCAGGCUUCUUUGUGGCGGCCAAGGAGAGAUUCGCCGCAUUCUCUAAUAUGGAGUACGCAACGCUGGACAUUAGCAAGGAUCUUGCCGAGCAGGGCUUCGACGGCCGCAAGUAUGACUUGAUCCUGGCUACGAAUGUCAUUCACGCCACACGGUCGCUCAACGAGAGCUUGCGGAACGUUCGAGAGCUGCUUGACCCCAACGGCCGCUUCUUGCUGCACGAGCUCACAUCGACUUCCAAGUGGGUCAAUUAUGUUUGGGGUACCUUGGCCGGCUGGUGGUAUGGUGAGCCUGACGGUCGACCUGAUGAGCCGUACGUCAGUGUGGAACGUUGGGCCAAGGAGUUCCAGGGUGCUGGCUUCCGGGCACCCGAUGCCGCAGUACUCGACUCAGCGGCACCGCAUCAACUCAAUGCCAUGAUCGUGGCCAGGCCGGCCAUUGAGUCCCUCCCCGAGAAACGGGUUACCGUUGUGGCCUUGAACGAAAAGUCAGGGAAUGCAGCUACGCUGCUCCAGACUCUCGAGGGCAGGGGCUACGCUGUUGAUCGAUCCACGCUAAGCAAUCUUCAACUGUCCGCAGGUAGAGAUGUCAUCGCUCUACUUGACGAGGACAGGCCCUUCUUUGAGGACGCUGAUGAGACCCGGCUUGCAUCAUUCCAGAACCUCGUGAGCAGCUUGAAGGACGCGGGGAUCCUCUGGGUGACUGGCCUUUCGCAAAUCCGCUGCGACGACCCACGGUUUGCUCAGAUCAAUGGCAUUGCCCGCGGCAUUCGCUCUGAAAUGCUGGUCGACUUUGCCACCUGCGAGGUCGACAGCGUCGUGUCCUCACUGGGCAAGAUUGCUGACGUGUUUGAGAGGUUUCAAUUGCGCCAGGAAGACGAGGCUCUUAAACCUGAGUUCGAGUACGCAAUUGUGGACAACACGGUGCAUGUCGGACGCAUUCAUCCGUUCGCCAUUCAGGAGGAGCUUUUGGUGUCCGAUUCGAACGACGCUGUCGCUCUCCGCACGAGCAAGCCUGGGCGGCUUACAGCGCUGCAUUGGGCUCGCCACCAUAUCGGUGAGCUGGAAGGCGACCAAGUGGAAGUAGACGCCUAUGCCACCGGUUUGAACUUCAAGGAUGUCCUUUGCGCCAUGGGUAUCGUAGAGGCGUCCGAGAAUGGCUUCGGCCUUGAGGCCGCUGGCAUUGUGCGCCGCACCGGACCGCAGGUCAAGGGCUUGCAGGCCGGUGACCGUGUUAUGCUCAUCGGUCACUGUGCGUUCGCUACGCGAAUCGUUGUGUCGGAGAACUUGUGCGAGAAGAUUCCCGACGACUUGGCGUUCGAAGACGCGGCAACGAUGCCUUGCGUUUUUGCCACGUCUAUUUACUCCAUCUUCAACAUUGGUAAUCUGAAGAAGGGACAGUCCAUUCUCAUCCACAGUGCCUGUGGUGGUGUCGGCCUCGCGACCAUCCAGCUUGCGCAGAUGGUUGGCGCCGAGAUCUACGCCACGGUAGGCAAUGAAGACAAGGUCACGUAUCUCAUGGAGACGUUUGGUCUGCCGCGAAACCGCAUCUUCAACUCCCGCAACACGUCCUUCGUUGACGACGUCCUGCGCGAGACGAAUGGCGAAGGCGUCGACCUCGCGCUCAACUCCUUGUCUGGCGAGCUCCUGCACGCUACCUGGAAGUGCAUCGCUGUGUUCGGCAAGAUGGUCGAGAUUGGCAAGAGAGAUCUCAUCGGUGCCGGCAAGCUGGAUCUCAGCAUCUUUGAGGCCAACCGCAACUACUGCUGCGUCGAUUUGGACCAGAUUUGUUUCCGCAAGCCGACGAUUGCGAAGGAGCUUCUCGGAACUAUCGUCCGUCUCUUCAAGGAGCGCCAUGUUCAGCCCAUCAAGCCGAUCAAGGUCUUUAGCUCUGAUGCCACCCUUGAUGCCUUCCGGUACAUGCAGCAGGGCGUGCACCUGGGCAAGAUUGUCGUCGCGAUGCGUGACGCUGAUGGCCAGACGAAUCUCGGAGCGGCGAUUAAAGAAAGGAAGCAGCCAAUUGCUUUCAACAACUCGGGGGCAUACCUGCUGGUCGGUGGCCUUGGAGGGUUGGGUCGCUCCAUCUCCACCUGGAUGGUCGAGCGAGGAGCCCGCCAUCUGAUCUACCUCUCGCGAAGCGCUGGCGCACUGGUCAAGCACCAAGAAUUCGCCGAAGAGCUGUCCAGCAUGGGUUGCCGCGUUGACUUUGUGCAAGGCGACGUGACCAACCUGGCGGACGUGACCAAGGCUGUCGACAAGGCCCAGGGCUGGUUGCGCGGCAUCUUGCAAAUGUCCAUGGUGCUGUCGGACCAGAACUUUGCGCGCAUGACAAUCCAGGAGUGGAAGACGGCCGUUGAUCCCAAGGUCAAGGGCACAUGGAACCUUCACAACGCUUCGCUGGCCGCCCAGGCCAAGCUGGACUUCUUCGUCCUCUUCAGCUCCCUGUCCGGCAUCAUCGGACAGCCCGGCCAGACCAACUACGCUGGCGCGAAUACCUUCUUGGAUGCUUUCUCUCAGUACCGCACCAACAAAGGCCUGCCGGCUUGCGCAAUCAAUAUCGGUGCGGUAGAGGAAGUCGGAUACAUGGCUGAGCAUGAUGCGCUGAUGCAGAAGCUGAAGAGCGCUGGCGGUGCGGACGGCACUGUCUCUGAGCGCGAGCUUCUCGAGGCCAUGGGGGUGGCGAUGACCGCGCUGUCCCGCACCACCACGACUAACGAGCGGCGGGCCACUCCAUCCAACAACUUCUGCCUAGGCUUCCGCUCCAAUAUUCCCCUCAGCGACCCAAGCGUCCGCUCGCUGUGGAAGAAGGACCUCCGGAUGGCCGUCUUCCACAACAGCGGGGAGAGUGGCAACGCAGCGGGCGCUGGUUCCAACGAUGCGCUCAAGUCAUUCAUCAGCCAGGCAAAGAGCGACGCGGCACUGCUCGGAAAGGCCGACUCGGCGCAUUUCCUCGCCGUGGAGAUUGGCAAGAAGGUGUUUAGCUUCCUGCUCAAGUCGGAAGAGGACCUGCAGACAUCAUGUUCGCUGUCGGACCUCGGCAUGGACUCGCUCGUCGCAAUUGAGAUGAGGCAAUGGUGGAAGACGGUCUUUGGCUUUGACAUAAGCGUGCUGGAAAUGAUGGGAAUGGGCACGUUGGAUGCGCUCGGCGAGCAUGCGGCCAAGGGCAUGCAAAAGGCAUUCCAUGGUGAGGGGGAAUCGUCGAAUUAG